ACAACUGCCAGGACCGAGAGCUCCAAGUGCUCUGAAUUGGGUGGAAAAAAAAAAAAGCCAGCUCCAAACAAAGAGCAGCCAGGGUCCCGCCCGCCCCGGGCCUGUGGGCGCGUCCCCCAGUCUGAGUGAGAGGGGCGGCCAGCAGCCACCGCGGGCCAGUGGGCAGGGAGCGCAGGGUGGGGCGGGCGACUGUGGCCAGGACCACCACAGUCACUGCGCCGGAUUCCGGAUCCCUGCAUCCAGCCUGGAGGUUGUGGCCCGGCCCAGCCGCCAUGGCGCACUGCAGGACAGAGCAGGAUGAGUGGCUGCUGGCCCACCUGAAGUACCUGCUCUUCACCUUCAACUUCUUCUUCUGGGUAGGUGGGACAGCCGUCAUGGCCGUGGGUAUCUGGACACUGGUGGAGAAGAGCGGUUACCUCAGCAUCUUGGCUUCCAGCACGUUCACUGCCUCCGCCUACAUCCUCAUUUUCAUUGGUGGUCUUGUCAUGACAACUGGUUUCCUGGGCUUUGGGGCUAUCAUCCGGGAACAGAAGAGCUGUUUCUCCACAUAUUUCUGCCUGUUGCUGGUCAUCUUCCUUGUGGAGCUGGUGGCAGGGGUUUUGGCGCAUGUGUACUACCAGAGGCUGAGUGAUGAGCUGAAGCAGCACCUGAACAGCACCCUGACUGAGCACUACGGGCAGCCCAGGGCUGCAGAGAUCACAGCCUCGGUGGACCGGCUGCAGCAAGACUUCAAAUGCUGUGGCAGUAACAGCUCAGCCGACUGGCAGCACAGCGCAUACAUCUUGUCUCAGGAAGCACUGGGUCGACAGGUGCCUGACAGCUGCUGCAAGACAGUGGUAGCCCGCUGUGGUCAGCGGGCUCACCCCUCCAACAUCUACAAGGUAGAGGGAGGCUGCAUGGCCAAGCUGGAGCAGUUCUUGGCUGACCACCUGCUGCUCAUGGGAGCAGUGGGCAUUGGGGUAGCCUGUCUUCAGAUCUGUGGGAUGGUCCUCACCUGCUGCUUGCACCGAAGGCUCCAGCAACACUUUUAUUAGAGGAUCCCCCUGUAGCCUGCUGACCGGCCCAGACAAGGGCUCACAUUGCCACAUCCUGAACCAGGCCUGCAAAGUCAACGCCGGGGCCAUGGACUCCCUCUACCCUAUACAGAGGCCACCAAAUGCCUGUGAUUUUGCCUCCUGUGCAUCCCAGCUGGGCAGGGUCCUCAGCUCAUUCCUCCAUUUGUAGCACUCAGCCACUGCCAGAAACAGAAUCCGUGGGAAGGGAUGGUCCUGGCAAGAGGCAGCCAGAGCCCUUUGCCAGGCACUGGGACACUGAGAACUACAGGGGGGUCAGAGCUCAUCUCCCUCUGAUCUAUCUCAGUGUCUGAGUCUGAAAAAAGAAGGCUGUCAGAUGGGUCCCUCUGAGAGUCCUGUAGGGCUUGGCGUGUGAUCCCCGCUGUCAUGAGGCCCCAGCCUAUAGGGCUUGGCGUGUGACUCCCGCUGUCAUGGGGCCCCAAGCUGGCUCUCCUCAGAGAAAAACACCACUUGGGGCACACCAGGUUAGCUCACCGUUUCCCGAAACCUAGCUGGUUUUUCAAUCUCCCCCACAGAAUAGCUGGCCAUGUCCUUCCUAUAAUGCACGGGGACGGGAGUGAUCUAAGGUGGGGCAGCUUAAGGCAAGCUGUUGAAGCUACCAGGACAGGGCACUAAGGAGGCAGGUUGGUUACAACAGCUGGGAGAGUCACAUGAUGGUCACAAGCCCCUGUCUCUUGACUCCUGUUCCUUGACUCUUGGUCCUGUUCCUUGACUCCCAAAAUGCCAGGUUUAAAAUGUUAGUGAAUGUAAAACUCUUCCCCUCCCCCUCCCCGAGGGUGGGGUACACCACAGUCUCAGCUGCCGAGGAGAGGAAGCUGUGGGGAAGGAGGAACUCUGCCUGCACCCCAUUUCCUGGUGCCCUUGGGACCCCACUGUUUCUCUUCCAUGGGUUCUCCAUUUCCUUCUCCGCUGUCCUGGAGUAGGCGCCAUCCUCUCCUUUGCUCCUCUCUUUAGUCACGGAAUGACACAGAGGAUAUUCAGGGAGAACUCAUGCGUUAAAAAAACACAGAAAGAAAAUUCUAGAAAAAUUAAAGGUUGGUAGUAGGUCUCAGCUCAUAGACACCAUGGGGACCCCCCUCUGAUUAUUAUUACUGUAGGCAGCUUUGCACGGCAGGACUCCACUCCCAGCUUUAGCCAUGCCCCCACCCAACCUGGGUCCUGCUCAUCUCUCUACAACAAACGUCAGUUCCCACAUGAACCGGCAGUGUCUUGUUGACAACAGCACUCAACUCGUCUUCUACCUGUCCCCAGUCUCACUGUGGUGACCCCAGAUCCUGCUGAGCGGGGUGAGUUGUUGGAGAGAGGUGAGCUCCCACUCAUACGUGGGUGGAUUAAGGGCCACUGGUGGCUGUCACCAGCAUAAGUGGAAUUCCACUCUCAGAGCAGGAAGUAGCUGUGUAGACAGAGGGAACAUCAGGCUCUCGGAUCAGACAGCCUCUUCCACUCUGGCAUUCCCUGGGGGCUACUUGGAGCCUGGACUGACUUAUGUCAUACACCUGAAGGACCAACAGUAAGAAGAAGACACUCCCAACAAUCCCAGACUACACUACAGCUGAGAGAAAACCUUAGCUGCCCUUCAUUUACUCAGAACUCACGCAGAUACUCCAAGACGGGCUGUGAUGCCCAAGCUUAUAGAUGGAGAAUUGAGAAAAGUUGUGGGGUCCAGACCAUGUUCUUCCCAAAAAGGCACCGAGGGAGGUGAUAGUUUGCAAAGGGAUACUAUGGCCUCUGGUAUCUGCUUUGGUGGGCUUCCUCAGAGAGAUGAAGUCAGAGGCGACAAGCAGGCACCAUUUAUACAGACUUACUGCACAGGUAGUCCAGGAGAACACGAGGCAUCGGCUCCAGAGUGACAGGACAGCCCUAAGUGUGACUUCCUUGAUCGUACGUACAUCAGCCUUGGUGACAAGAUGGGUUUAGAGGACAUGAAACACAUAGAAGGUCAGGGUCGGUCCAGCAGCUGCAGAGGCUGGAGCCAAGCCUGUAGUGAGGUGUGCCCAUCAGAUUGAUGUUAGAAUAUGUCUUCCUGUUUCCCCUCAGGGACAGGACCCUGUUCAAAGGUUAUCAGUCUGAGUUUCUUAGAGAGAGGAAAGGACACACCUGUAGACUGUCACCCUCAGUCCUGGGUCAGCACAAAACAUACUUAGGCCCCAUGCCAGGCCCCGAACUUGGUGUUGCUGAAGCCAGUAGACCCUCACCCUGAGCACAUGAGUCACCAUUCCCUAAGCUCAAAGUGGCUACCUCAGAAACACAGCCUGUCCCCAAAUCCCCCAGGUGACCAGUAUUGGGGAACAAGGAUGGACCUUAGUCUAUGACAAGGAAGUGAGGUGUCUACAUGCAUUUGUUGCUUUCCCUUCAGAACAGUGGACUCUACCUCCCAUAGCACCACUGGCUUGGCUUUGGGAUGUUCAUUGAGGAUCUGUGUAUAUUCUUCACUGUGGUGUCCAUAGUGACACCAAUGGGAUGUGCUAUAGUUGCCAUUCUGCUGCUGAAGAAACUAAGGCUUGGUCAAGCUGGACACCAGUGGUGUUUGCUAUUGUCAUGGCCCCAGCCAGCUGGACCCAGAGAAAUCUGGAUUGGAUGCCCCCCUGCCCCAGUACCAGCUGUCAGGGAAGUAUUCAGGAGCAGAGUGUCCUACGUGCUGUGGCCAAGUAGUGGCAGCCUUACCACCUCCCAGGUCGGAUGGGAUCAUCCAGCGUGUCCAAUCCCAGCAACCUUCUGCAUUCACAGUUGAAGCAGACACCUGUCUUAUUUCAGAAUGACAACGAGGUCCUACGGGGAAGCUAAGAAGGCCAGAGAGCUUAUAGGAAUGGCCUGGAGCACACUCAGGGAGUUCUUCGUAACCAUUAUAGUGAGAGCAGGGACUGUCUUUAGUGAUCAGUCUCCAUAAAGAUGGGAGUCACACCAUGUGAAGAUCACUGGCUGGGACAUGAGAUGCCUCUUCCUGCCCCACAAAGGAGACCAAGAGAGAAGCCCAGACUGUCUCCACUCAGUGCCACCCCAGGCAUAGAGGUAGCUUGGAUGCUGGUGCUGAGUCUCCCCCUCAGGCCAGGCUCUCUUCUGCCUUCUUCCCCCAGCUCCCAAGUCCCUAUUUUGAUCAUGUGUUAUUUCUGAGCUCUGGAGUGAACACAGGGUGACUUUUGUCCUGAGUGCCUUCACCCUUCACAUGGCCAUCAGGGUUCAGGUCCUAAAGGUGCUGGGUGUGGGGGGGCACGUACAGAAGAUCAGUGUGAUGAACUACUUUGAGCUCAGAAUCUGCUCCUCUAGACAGUGUCCAAGGUUUUGAAGUCAAGGGGAUGGACAGAUCAGUUAGAACCCAGCCAGCUUUGAAAAUGGCCCCCUGCCCAUUGUCUCCACUGGGCUAGAGACAAAGAGGCAAGAGAAGAAAGGGCUGCCGAAGCUCUUCAGGAGAAAAGCAGACGGCUCUGUGGCUGCCAAAUGGCUCUUAUGCCCUCCGUGCCAGUGCAGCGUGUCUUACACUUGCCCCCUCAGCUUCACCAGAGGAGCCUUCAGAACAGGACACUGCCUCCCCAGAAUUGCUCCAAGGAAGCCAGAGCUAACAGAUGGCAUUUCUGUGAAGUUCCCAGUGAGGCCACUGAUGGGCAACCACACCGAGCCACAGGAUGGACCACAUGAGGACACUGCCCCCUUCCUUCAGAUGUCAGAGCCCCCAAGUGCCAAAAGCCAUGCAGGCCAUCUGGCCCGAGUCACACAUGGAGCAGCUUGAGACUGUUCCCACUGGGUCCACAGAGAGGGUGGGCUGAAGCCAGCCACCGAGUCGUUUACGACUAGCAUGUACACGCCUUUCAGCAGUGCACACUUGACACACGCGCCCUGCUGAGUCUAUGACUUUGGUCAGUAGGUCAGACGAAAGGGGAUCUCUUACACUUCCGAUCCCACCCUUUUCUAUAUGACUUGGGGUGGCUCUGCUGCCUGCUAGUCACUCUAGCAUUUAUUCAUUUAAAUGACUCCAGAUGAACAUCAAACUUCCCUCAUCCUUCUCCUCCUGCUUACAGACCUGUGAAACCUGCUCGUUCCCCAUACCAGUACUGACAGAAAUUCCAGUGAGCUCAUUGUUAGGAAGCCAGAUGGGUUCUGGGGUCCAGCUGGCCCAUGGAUGUGAAUUAUCAGAUGUUCCACAAAGAUAGAAGUUGCCUUAACCUACCGCUUACAGUGACACUCCAGAUGUGGGAGUUGCCUCUCCACUGAUCAGUGUAUGCUCCAUGUCUUGUCUAGUAGACUCGAUAAUAAAGGACUUUUACCACA